CAAUAUCACAACAAUGUUACUUGGAUUUCGACGUAUAGUACCCAUCAAUGUAAGAAAAUAUCAAAGAUACCUUCAUAGUAGUACAGUGACCUUUCGACCCAUCAAGGAUCAGUUGGAUAAUACGGCAAAAGGGAAACCUUCAUCGGAUUACUUUGUCAAUUUAUUCGACCGUGGACCCAAUGUGGGCAUAGAAGUGAUCACCAAACAUGGUUUUGUAUUAUCCAACAAUGUCCAGAUCGAACAUCCUUUGAUCCUGGUCAAUGGAUCCCCAUUCUUGUGGAAAGUGCCUUUAGAUUGUAUGCGAACUUCUACUUGGGAUAUGGCUUCUCUUUCUAUCUUUGAUCUUGUUUCUCCAAAACCUGAAUUGAUUGUCUUUGGUACAGGUUCUGAAUUCUCUCCUCUUCCUGCUGAUGUUCGAAAACAUUUUUAUCAAAUGGGUGUACAAGUUGAUAUCAUGUCAACGAAACAUGCAGCUGCCACAUACAAUGUAUUAGCAGAAGAAGGUCGAAGGGUGGCAGCGGCUUUAUUACCCAAUAGUGAUCAUCCUUAGUAUAGUUUAGAUUUUAUCCUCUUCAAGGUUGAAUAAAAAAAAUAAUUCACAAUUGAGA